CCUCACGUGGCCACCUCUCUGCCCCCUGCAGGGCCGGCUCCCAGUAUAUAUGACCCGGCGGGGCCACCCCGCCGGGCACCUCGCCGGCAGGGGAGCCUUCCAGAGGGAGCCUGGCCCAGCCUCUGCCCCGGGGGCUCCGUGCACAGCCCUGCGGCCACGCGCCCACGAUGCCAGCCGUCCAGCUGCUGCUGCUGCUGGGCUGCCUGCUGUGGGGCGAGGGGGCCGGGUCAGCCCGGCUCCGCAAGGCCAACGACCAGGGCGGCCGGUGCCAGUACACCUUCAGCGUGGCCAGCCCCGCCGAGGCCAGCUGCCCCGAGCAGGGCCAGGCCAUGUCGGCCAUCCGGGACCUGCAGAGAGACAGCGGCAGCCAGCGCGCCGAGCUGGAGCGCACCGAGGCCCGGCUCCGCUCCCUGGAGGGCCUCCUCCGCCGGCUGACCGGGGCACAGCCCUCCGAGGCGCCGCCGGGGGAGCCGGACGCCCUGCGGCGGGAGCGGGACCGGCUGGAGAGCCAGGCCCGGGAGCUGGAGGCGGCCCACGGCGACCUCCUCCGGGACAAGGCGGUGCUGGAGGCGGAGAACGAGGACCUGGCCCGGAGGCUGGAGCGCAGCCGCCAGGAGCUGGAGAGGCUGCGGAGGGGCCAGUGUCCCCAGGCCCGCAGCGCCGCUCCGGAGGCGCCCCCAGGCUCCAGGGAAGCUUCUAGGUUGGAUCUGGAGAACGCGGACUUCCAGGAACUGAAGUCGGAGUUAACCGCGGUGCCUGCCUCCCGAAUCCUGAAGGAGCGCCCACCUGGCCGUCCGGGGAAUGACAGCGGGGACACGGGUUGCGGGGAACUCGUGUGGGUGGGAGAGCCCGUGACGCUGCGCACAGCCGAGACCAUCACGGGCAAGUACGGGGUGUGGAUGCGGGACCCCAAGCCCGUCCACCCCUACACGCGGGAGACCACGUGGAGGAUCGACACGGUGGGCUCGGACAUCCGCCGGGUGUUGGAGUACGGCGGCGCCGGCCAGUUCGCGCAGGGCCCCCCGGCCAAGGUGCACGUGCUGCCGCGGCCACUGGAGAGCACGGGUGCCGCCGUCCUCGGGGGCAGCCUCUACUUCCAGGCGGCCGCGUCCAGGGCGCUGGUCCGGUACGAGCUGGCCUCCGGGACCGUGCGGGCCGAGAGGGACCUCCCGGGGGCCGGCUACCACGGCCGCUUCCCGUACUCCUGGGGCGGCUACACGGACAUCGACCUGGCGGUGGACGAGUCGGGCCUGUGGGCCAUCUACAGCACCGAGGCGGCCAAGGGGGCCAUCGUCCUGUCCAGGCUGAACCCCGAGAGCCUGGAGCCCGAGCGGACCUGGGAGACCAACAUCCGGAAGCGGUCGGUGGCCAACGCCUUCGUCAUCUGCGGCACCUUGUACACCGUCAGCAGCUACUCGGCGCCCGAGGCCGCCGUCAACUUCGCCUACGACACGGGCUCGGGCGGCAGCCGGGCCCUGGCCAUCCCGUUCCGGAACGGCUACGGGUACAGCAGCAUGGUGGACUACAACCCCCUGGAGAGGAAGCUCUUCGCCUGGGACAACUUCAACAUGGUCACCUACGACGUCAGGCUGGCCGCGGCGUGAGAGGCAGGCGCGGGGGGGCAGGGAGGGCGGCAGGAGGGGACGUCCGGGGAGCCCCCCGGGGGCGGCCAGCCGGUCCCCAGCAGCUGUCCCCCGCGCCCCACGCUCCCGUGAGUCCAGGAGAACGCACGCACCCCAUCGCUGUCGCUGCGUCUGACCGCGGGUGGGAUAGCCACCCGGGCUCUAGUUUUAUAAUAGAUACGCUUGUCUUUUGUCAGCCCUGAGAGAAAGGGGCGUUCAGCCAACAUCGUUGGAGUUUCCUGGUGAUUUGGGGCACAAGCUGUCACGUGCAGUCGUUGCUUCAUGGAAACCACGAGGCUCUUUAUAAACGGCCUUCCCCCGGGCGAACGAGGGUUUGGGGAAACGGGCUGGAGUCCGGGUGGACGCCAUGGCCACCCCUUGCACUGCGGGCAGUGUGGUUAGCACAGGCCCCACCACGAGGGGGCGGCGGGGGUGAAGGGGGGAGCUCUGUGGCCAGCACUGAGCUUGUGUAAGAUCCACUGACUCUAGCUGCUUCUCACGCUUCAGGCAGAGUUGCCGGUGGGCACGGCAUAGCCUCUGCCCGAGCAAUAAAACGAUCGCACGCGCC